AUGGGAGGAUCCACCCUGGAUGAGCCCCGUAUCCGUCCCCAUUCCCGCUCCCUGUCCCCUCUCAUCUGUCGCCGCCGCCAUCGCUCCGGCUCCUCCCUCGCCACUGACGUCACCAAGGAAAUCCGCGCUGCCCCCGCCCACCAAUCACAGCGCGCCAUUGCUCUCGAUUUGCAUAACCACGCCCUCUGUUUUGGCCCCGCCCUGCACCGUCUGCAGCAGCCUCCGGGCGCUGUUUGCUCCCAGUUCCCUCCCAGUGCUCCCAGUAAAAGAGAAUCUGGGACGGAAAGCGCUCCCGAUUCCCUCCCGCUGGUCUCAGGGUCGCUCGCUGUGCCGCGCGUGGCGGGGCCACUCUGGAAGCCACAAGGGCAGAGCGCGGCUGCUUUUGGGUGUCGGCACCGCCCGGGGCGGGCUGGGAGGGGAGGAGGAGCGGGAGGAAGAGGAAAGGCAGGAGCGGCAGGAACAGGAGGCGCGGGAAAAGGAGGGACAGAGGAAAAGAAAGAGGAGGAGCGGGAGGAAGAGGAAGAGGAGGAGCAGCACGAGCAGCAGCACGCAGUUCCCCCGCCAGCCCGCUCAGGCCGCCGCUCCCCCCGCUCUGGCAGAAUCGCCACGCCAGGAACCCGCAGGAUUUCCCUUGGCCCGCAAGAGGAGGAGGAGGCCAGGAGGAAGAUGUCCCAGGAGCCGCAGGCAGACAUGGAGCUCAGCGUGGAGCCCAGGUAGAACAAAUCCCUGUGGCAGAACAUCGUGGAAGAGGCCGUUGUGAGCAGCUCCAGGGUGCAGGAAUCUAACGGGGAGGAAAAGCCUCGGAGAUCCCACACAAGGAUGGGGUGUAAACGCAGAUCUCGGGGAUCCGAGGAGGAAAGAUCUACUCUGCGCAGGGGAGGUGGCCGAAGCUCAGAGCUGGGGGUCCGUGAGCAGCCUCAGGAUGGGGAGAAGCCCCACAAGUGCUCAGAAUGUGAGAAGAGCUUCAGGUGGAGAUCCUACCUGAUCAAACACCAGAGGAUACACACGGGGGAACAGCCCUAUGAGUGUGGGGAGUGUGGGAAGAGCUUCAGUUUUAGCUCCAGCCUAAGUGUCCACCAGAGGAUCCACACCAACAAGAGGCCCUACAAGUGUGAACAGUGCAAGAAUAGGUUUACCACCAGCUCCAAUCUCCUCGUGCACCAAAGGAUUCACACGGAUGAGAGGCCCUUCCGCUGCCAUGACUGUGGGAUGGGCUUCAAUCGAAACUCCCACCUCGUCACCCACCGGCGCAUCCACACUGGGGAGAGGCCCUAGGAGUGUCCCCAGUAUGGGAAGAGCUUUAGCCACAGCUCCAGCCAGAGGAGCCGCACGGCGGAAUGGCCUUUGAGCGUGGGGAGUGUGGGAAAAGCUUCAGCAUGAGCUCCAAACUGAUGAAACACCAAAGAAGCCACACUGGGGAGAGACCCUACGAGUGGGACCUAUGCAAGAAGAGGUUUCAGACCACCUCUGAUGUCCUCAGAUAACAGCGGAUUUACACAGAUGAGAGGCACAUCCACUGCCCAAACAGUGGGAUGGGUUUCAAGUAAAACUUCACCCUCGUCAGGCACUGGCGCAUCCACACUGGGAAGAGGCCCUACGAGUGUCCCCAGUGUGAGAAAAUCUUCUCCAGGAGCUCUCACUUGACCCAACAUCAAAAAACCCAGCACUGAGGGAAGCCGUGUGAGUGCCCCGAGUGCGGGGAGAGCUUCGUUCACUGCUCCACCUCCAUCCCCCAUGGGAGGAUCCGCACUGGAUGAUCCCCAGUGACCCCCGGUGGGCAGAGCCAUGGUGACCUAUGGUGCCAGUGAUCCAUGUUGGGAAGACAUGUGGCUGGGGGCUCUAUAUCCUCCUGGCUCCCCGUGGCCUGCAUUUUCUUCUCAUUUCUCUUUGUCCCUUCAAAGCACCCAAAAUUGGGGUAAAAAUAAAGAUGUUCCUCAAAGAUGUGGAUGGGGACUUGGGGGGAUCUUCCAGGGGAUGUGGGGGAUGCUGGGUGCCAGGGAGUUGUGGCUUCCUGGCAGGAAUUUGGGGUUUCUCAUGGCUUUGACUUGCACAGGCCAAGCGUCUCUGGCUGCACUGGGAGACCCUCAUGGAGGUUCUGGGAUAAAGGACCCCCUGCCUUGGAAUUGUCCCCAUGUCCUCUCAUCCCUUUUCCUUGUGUCGCAUGUCCAGGAUCCCCGUGUCCCUGCUUUUGCUCCCCUCACCCCCUGCCCAUUUCUGUGUCACCCCAGUCCCGGUGCCAUCCUGCUCCUAUCCCAGUCCUGAUCCCAUUCCCGCUCUCAUUUCCUGUCCUGUGUUUUCUGACUGGUUGUCGCUGACAUAUUCCCACUCCCAUAUUCCCUGCCCUUUUCCCAGUCUUUUAUUUCCCGUCCUGCUGCAGGUCCUGGAUUUCCAUUGCUUUAUUCCCUGUCCUGUUCCCAUAUUCCCAGUCCCAGUCCCAUUCCUGUUUUGCCAUUUCUGACAGCGGCCCGUCUUCCUAAUCCCCAGCCCAUAUUCUCUCUCCAGUUCCUGUUCCCAUAUUAUUUCCUGUCCUGUUUCCACAUUUCCCUGCCUGGCCCCAUUCCUGGUCGCCCUCCAUACACUGUCCCAUUCCCGGUCUUAGUCCUGAAUUACCUGUCCCAUUCUGAUAUUCCAGCUCCCAUUCUUGCUCUCUCUCCCUGUUCCCUGUAUCAUUUCCAGUCCCUGUCACCUAUUUCCAGUCCCAUUCUCAGGCCCUGUCCUCAUUCCCAGGUCCUGUCCCCAUUCCUGGUCCUGUCCCGUAUUCCCUGUCCCAUUCUUAGGCCCUGUCUCCAUUCCAAGUAUCCUUCCCAGUACCUGCCUCCUUUUUCCAUAUCCAUUCCCGGUCCCUGUCCAUUCUCCAAAUCCCUGUGCACAUUCACAGUCCUUUCCUGUAUAACAUGUGGCAUUCCCGGUCUUGUCCCAGCCCUUCCCGAUCCUUCCUCACCCCCGGCUGAGUGGGGGGCUCAGCCCAGGACCCGUCGUCGUUCAGGGCUCCCCUGAAUGCAGCAAAUGGGAGCGUUCCUGCCUCAGAGAGGCCCCAGCAGAAGAUGGGAUCCUGUCCCUCUUUGAGGGUGCUUAAGGGCAUUUUGGCCCCAUUGAAGAGGAGUUGUUCUCCUUUUAAAGUUUUUUUCAGGGGAUGCCACCACUACCAGGGUUGUUUUCCAAGGUUUUAGGAUGUUUGUGGGGCUGCAGCUCCAGAAGCCCCUCCUAAGGAGGGAUCAUGGUGGCUUAAAGGGACAUUUUUAGGAGGACCCCCACUACAAGCCCCUGCAGGGG